CAAAUAUCAAUCAAACAACCCACAGAUGAGAUAAGCCCCUCCAAAGCCACCCCUCCCCUUCCUUUCCCUCCAUGGCUUCUAUUUGCAAUUCCCUAUCACUCGCUCCCAAAUCAUCUUUCAAACCAAGCCCACUCUUUUCUGCUUCCAUCUCCACUUCUUGGAGCCCCAAAACCCGACCUACCACCCCUCUCUCUUCCUCCUCCUCCUCAACAAGAAGUGUUAAAGAUGACCCUAAAUCCCCAGAACCCAUCAGCAUUGACAAUCUACACCGUUUUUUUGACCUUAGCAUAGGCAAAUGGCACGGUUCUUUCCAUCAAUUUGAUGCAAAAGGAAAAUUGAUGCAAAAAGUGAGCACAAAGCUUGCAGCAAGCUCUUACGGUGAAGAUGAACUCAUUAGUCUCAUUCAAACGCUAUACAUAAAACAAUCUCCAUCAAGCACCUCAAUCUCUAGACAUGAUGAGGAGCCAGAAUGGGCAGAAUACAAAAUCAAAGAAACCAAUAUGUUCACUGCAGAUAAAUAUCAACAGAUUGCCUUUUUCCCCAAUGAGAGGGCUUUUUCUCUAAGGUACCAGACAGCUGGCAUGUUAGAAACUGUGUUAAGGCAAGGGGUGCUGGGUGAAGAUGAUACUGGAGAAGAAUCACCAAAAAACCUCAAGCUUCCUUCUCGUCGGCCUUCUAUUGUUUGUGAGAAUUGCCUAUAUUCACAAGAGAAAGACAGACGAGCAAGAGCCUUUCAUAUCAUGGACCCGAAAGGCAUUUUGGAAAUGCUUCUUAUCUUCCUUGAGGAUAGAGGUGAUGGGGUGCCUUUUCAUCCUUCACUUGAAAGUAACAGUGAUAGCCCAAACAGGAUCUUACCAUUACUUGGAAAGUGGAAAGGUCAUUCUCAAACAAAACGUAGUGGUGUUUAUGGAGCAACAAUUGCUGAAGCCGAUACGAUUGCUUGGCUUGAAAUGGAUGGUAAGGGUCAGCUUAUUCAGGAUAUUUCUUCCACAUCGGAUGGAGGUGAUGUUACAACUAAUGUGCAUUGGACUGGUACCAGAUCAGAUGACUUGAUCACAUUUGAUGGAGGAUACCAAAUUACAUUAUUGCCUGGAGGCAUGUACAUGGGGUGCCCUUCUGAUAUUUCUAAGAACGUGGCAGAGUCUAAGUCGUUUCAUCUGGAGUUCUGCUGGCUUGAAUCACCUGAGAAGAGACAAAGACUGGUUAGAACCUACGAUGUAGAAGGCUUGGCUGUCUCAUCAACUUAUUUUUCUGAAACAAAAAUGUGAACGUCCUCCUACUUUAUCUUAGAAAUACUUUUGGGAGUGAUUAAUCAACGAAACCCAAGUGCUGUAUUUAAUUAAUUUGUAACAGCAUAUGACCAGGUCACGAUUUUGUUAAGAAAAAAAAAAAAUCAAGUUCAAAGUAAAAACAGAGGCCCUUGGAGGGGGAGCCAAUGUGAAUAUUUUCAUAUUUGUAUUUAGCAUAUGUCCUGGAAACUCGAAGGAAAGUUGGGAUUUCCAAUUGUUACAGAAAA